CGGCAGGUGCAGGCUUGGUGUAGUCUCCUGUCUGGACAGUGGGAAGAGAGCAACGCAGAAGGACACCGGCUCACUAGUGCCUUUACAUUGGUUUGGCUUUAGCUGUGCAGCACUGAUUGCUUCUGGUGGGAUCAUUGGCUAUGCAAAAGCAGGUAGCGUGCCGUCCUUGGCUGCUGGGCUCCUCUUCGGGGGCUUAGCAGGCCUGGGUGCUUACCAGCUGUCUCAGGAUCCGAGGAACGUCUGGGUUUUCCUAGUUACAUCUGGGACCUUGGCUGGCAUUAUGGGAAUGAGAUUCUACCACUCUGGAAAAUUUAUGCCUGCAGAUUUAACUGCAGAAGCCAGUUUGCUGAUGGUUGCCAGAGUUGGAAUUAGUGUGUUGAAUAGACCCCAUCAGUAGUAAUCAUGUCCCAGCUCGGACUCAAGAAGAAUUAAAAAUCUCCAAACUUCCACUAUUUUCAAUGUAUUCAGAGAGUAGGUGCAGCAUUUCUACAUGUUCUGACAUUUUACUUUAAAAACAAAAAACAGCACUGAACUUGAUAGAGGAAAAAAUGAGUCGUUACCAUUCCAGCCCUACAGAGGUGGCGAGUGUGUAACACCAGAGCUUAUUGAUACCUUCAUACAGUUUGGUUCUUGUAUGUUGAUGUCAUCUCUUCCUUCUGUAUCUAUGAAAUCUCAGGGUUAGGUCUCAAUGUUGGGGACCCUGAGAUCCCAUGCCCUGUUUGGAGAACAGUAUGAAAAAGUCUCUUUAUGAGAUUUAGGAUGUCUGUUCUUUUGCUUAUCUUAGAGCUCAGACCUACUUUGAAAUUAUGUUAAAUGAAAUAUCAAUGAAAAUAAAGUUUACUGUAAAUAGGA